AUGAUGCACACGCGUCGGCCCGUGAAGGAGGAGGAUGCUUUUGCGGACGACCUCCCCGCCGGCGUUGCCGUGCAGUACCGCGUCCUGCAGAAGUUGCUGCCGCGCGGCGGGAGUGAACGGCAGCCACAACAACAACAACAGCAGCAGCAUGAACAGCAGCGCCGUUGCGUGCCGCCGCCGGCGAUAAGCGCCCCAGCGGCUGCCAUGUGCGGCGGCGGCAGCAGGGAGGCGGCGCUGCGCGAGAUUGAGCGCGGUGGCCCAAUCAUCGACCAGCUGCUCGAGAGCCGUGCGGCGCACGCCCGCCUGUGCGCUUUGCUUGAGGAGCGCUGGCAAGACGAAUGCCGUGCGCUCGUAGAGGCUGAGUCGAUGCAGCGUUGCUUCAUUGCAACCACGGCGGAGUGGGUGCUGGACAAGGUGCUGCCGCUGGUGCUUGGAGCGUUGCUUGAGGACACCGGUGCCCAUGCGUUCCGUGCAACGGUGAUACGAGAACGGGAGGAGUGGGACCACGACAUGGAGGAGCUGCGCCGCUGUAACGCGUAUCUCAAGGACUGCCUGGGGGAGGCGGAGGAGGCGCGGACAUUGCAGCAGAAGCAGCAAGAAGAAGUGGCCCACGCCUUCGCGGUUAGUCAGGAAGCCCUUUACGAAGCGCGUGCAACCGUCACUGCGCUCCAGCAGCAACUGAAAGAGGCCGAGGCGGUGUCCAAGCAGCCACUGCACUCUCUGACGCUGGAGCUCGAGUCCCUGAAGCUGCAGUACCGCGAGCUUGUGGCCCUCCACCCACACAGAGUCUCGGCGAUAGAGAAAACACCAAUGCCCGACGGCGACGGACCAAACGCUGCGACGCUGAAGGCACAGGUGGAGGAUCUGCGGCGACAGUUAUCGCAGAAAGACGACUCCAUUGCGCUGCUCCGCGCCGAGCUCGCGGAGCGGCGCGAUGUGGCCCGUGAGUUAGGCGCCUCAGAGGCAAAGGUGCGCACACUGGAGCGGCGACUGAGGGCCGCCACGUCCUCCCCGAGUCUCGCUGUGUGA